GCGCGACCGGCCUCCCGCCGCUGAGGGGAAAGAGAGAGAGCGCUCCGUGCGUGAGGCGGAAAGCGGGCCGGGGCUCGGAUCCUGCCGUUUCCCGGGGCGGCGGCGACGGCGGCGGCCGCGUUGCUCCCGGUGCUGGGCGCCUGCCUUGGGGGGCCUCCGCGUGUGGUGCGGGCGGUCGAUGCCGGCGGCGCUUCUCGGGGGCGAUGCUGCCGAGGCGCAGCUCGCUGACGGGGCUGGCGGUGGGGCUGUUCGCCGUCUACGUGGCGCACACCUGCUGGGUGAUGUACGGCAUCGUCCACACCCGGCCCUGCCUGGCGGCCGCCCGGGGCAACGACGCCAACGACGGCUGCAUAAGGCCUUACCUGGCGCGGAGGCCCAAGCUGCAGGUGAGGCGCCGAGGGGGAGGGGGCAGUCAGUGGGCGGGGGGGGGAGGAAGGGGGCAAGAAAUAGGCGGGGGAGGGAAGGGGGUGUGGGGCAAUGAAUGGGCGGGGGGAGGAGGAAGGGGGCAAGAAAUAGGGGGAGGGAAGGGGGUGUGGGGCAAUGAAUGGGCGGGGGGAGGAGGAAGGGGGCAAGAAAUAGGGGGAGGGAAGGGGGUGUGGGGCAAUGAAUGGGCGGGGGGAGGAGGAAGGGGGCAGUAAAUAGGUGGGAGAGGGAAGGGGGUGUGGGGCAAUGAAUGGGCGGGGGGGGAGGCAGGGGGCAAGAAAUAGGCGGGGGAGGGAAGGGGGUGUGGGGCAAUGAAUGGGCGGGGGGGAGGAAGGGGGCAAGAAAUAGGGGGAGGGAAGGGGGUGUGGGGCAAUGAAUGGGCGGGGGGGAGGAAGGGGGCAAGAAAUAGGCGGGGGAGGGAAGGGGGUGUGGGGCAAUGAAUGGGCGGGGGGAGGAGGAAGGGGGCAAGAAAUAGGGGGAGGGAAGGGGGUGUGGGGCAAUGAAUGGGCGGGGGGGGAGGAAGGCGGCAAGAAAUAGGCGGGGGAGGGAAGGGGGUGUGGGGCAAUGAAUGGGCGGGGGGAGGAAGGGGGCAAGAAAUAGGGGGAGGGGACAGGGAAGGCGGUGUGGGGCAAUGAAUGGGCGGGGGGAGGAGGAAGGGGGCAGUAAAUAGGUGGGAGAGUAGGAGGGAAGGGGGUGUGGGGUAAUGAAUGGGUGGGGGGAGGGUGCAAUAAAUGGAUGGGGGGAAGAAGGGGGCAAUCAGUGGGUGGGGAGGGGACAGGGAAGGGGGUGUGGGGUAAUGAAUGGGUGGGGGGAGGAGGAAGGGGGAAUAAAUAGGUGGGGGAGGGGACAGGGAAGGGGGUGCGGGCAAUGAAUGGGUGGGGGGAGGAGGAGGGAAUAAAUAGGUGGGGGAGGGGACAGGGAAGGGGGUGCGGGCAAUGAAUGGGUGGGGGGAGGAGGAAGGGGGAAUAAAUAGGUGGGGGAGGGGACAGAAUGGGGAGUGGGGCAAUGAAUGGGCGGGGGGAGGAGGAAGGGGGCAGUAAAUAGGUGGGAGAGUAGGAGGGAAGGGGGUGUGGGACAAUGAAUGGGCGGGGGGAGGGUGCAAUAAAUGGGUGGGGGGAGGAAGGGGGCAAUCAGUGGGUGGGGGAAGGGACAGGGAAGGGGGAGCAAUCAGGUGCUUGGGGGAGUCCGUUUGUUUGUUUGUUUAUUUAUUUGAGUAAUUAUAUGCCACUGUAUGAUGGAAAUGUGUCACCGUGUUUUUGCAACCAUGCGGGGGGGGGGGGGGAGUGAAAUCCAGAGGAGUGGGAGGGAAGCAUAAAAACUCCACAAGUUCUCCCCUUUCUCCUUUCCGCGGCAAAUCAAUUCGGGGGUGUCGGUUCGUUCAUAGAAAUCGUAGAUUUGGAAGGGACCCGGAGGAUCAUCUAGCCCAACCCCCAACCACCACCACCCCCGCAAUGCAGGAAUAGGCAGGGGGGAUAGAACCUACGACCUUGGUGGUGUUUUCAGCGCCAACAGAGCUACCCAAGUGGCCUCGUUGGUUGGUUUGCUUUGAGUGUUUAUACAUCACAGAAAUAUUUCUGUCAGCAGUUUGCAACAAUGAAGAACGUAUAAUUUUUUAUUUUUUAAAACCUUUUAAGAGGCAAGUUCAUAUUCCCUUCCCCGUCCGACCCACUCGGUGCCAAGUUGGGGAGGGACACGUCACCUAAAAGGCAUAGACAGCUGUGUGUGAGCGGACUUCAGCCUUGCACAAUCUGGUUUUUCUUCUUUAAUCACAAUCCCCCACUCCCGUACAGUAUCUGUACUGUGGCAUAUUGUAUAUUUGCACUGCCUCUGCAUUCUUCCCCACCCCUCAAGAUUUGCUGUAAGCCACUUUAGGUGGGUGAAGCUCAUUGUGCAAAGUGGCAUGUAAGUAAACUCUCAACCAAUCAAUGUGAAACUUUCAGAGCAAGGGUCUCAUUUUAAUAUAGCCAACCUCUGCUAAGUUAUGAGGAAGCCCUUUUCCCUAGGUUAGGCCAAGGCCCAUCUGGUACAAUAUGCUUUGCAAGGAACUUGGAGCAGCCAAUGGACAGUGCUAGGUGGUCUGCUGCAAACUGACCAGUGAAGCAUGGUGUGCUACAUAAGCUCUUCAGCCUGCUUUCAUUCUGCCCAUCCUUUGACUGACUUGCACUGUGAACCAGGAAGUGCUGCUGCUGCCAACCCCCUUCAUAAUUAAAGCCUUGAGCAAAUUGCUCUUGCCAGGCAUCAUUGCCCUUCUUCAGUAUGGGGUGACGAUGCUGACUAUGCAAGAUUGUUGAAAAGUGUAGGAAUCAGUACCUAGAGACCCUUGAGCCAGAUUGCCACCCCCUUCCUGUUGACCAGCCUUGUGGCAAUACAAGUAAGCAGCAGUCUAGUUGGCCCAAGGCCACCCUACUUUUUUCAGUUCUUAUUUAGCAAAAGUUGCUGUUGAGCAGAGUUCUAAGGAUUAGCGCAGGCAUAGGCAAACUCGGCCCUCCAGAUGUUUUGGGACUACAACUCCCACCAUCCCUAGCUAACAGGACCAGUGGUCAGGGAUGAUGGGAGUUGUAGUCCCAAAACAUCUGGAGGGCCGAGUUUGCCUAUGCCUGGAUCAGCUAGAUAUAUGUGAAUAGCUUUAAGUGUUCUGUAAAGUGCUGUAUAAAUGCUAAGCUUAUGGUUGUUGAAAAAUAAAAGUACCCACUCUCAAUUAUGUUUUUAAAAAAGAGUUAUUUCAAAUUCCUAGGCAGCUUAAGAAUGAUAUGAGGCCUUUGCAACCAAGUGCCAUGCAUUUCCUAGUAUUAUUAUUUGACUUUCCUGUCAAAAGGAUGUUCUGUGUCUUCUUGUACCAUAUUAACACCUUUCAUCUACAGUGCAUUGCAAAGUCAUGUACAGUGUAAAUUUGUUCCACUGUAUUGGACUCUUGGGAGCGGGGAGGGAGAGAGAAGGAACGACCAUGAGCAACAUGACAGGCUUGGAUGUUGCGUGAUCCUCCUCUGUUUCCCCAGUAAAGUAGAAGGCUGCUCUCUGUGCCCUGUCAGUUUUAUUAGUCUAUUGUCCUGUCAGGAGCAGAACGUCUCAAGCAGGAGAAUGGAAAGAAACAGAUUUGUAUAUUCUGCACUAGACUACAGAGUUAUAGAUUUGGAAAGGAACACCAUGCUCUUUAAUCGUCAUCACCACCCACUGAUGGGUCUACCACUAUGUGGGUCACUGGAGUUCCAUAAGCAGCUGCACUAGAAAAGGGGGCCGAAAACAUAUGACAACUGAAAUAAAUGAACUCAAAACAGUGUUUACAGAAGCAGGCAAUUUCCAUCCCUGCACAGCGCUUCAUAAACUUGGAGCAGGUGGGGAAUCUAUCUCUGUUCAGUAUAUGGUGAUCAGGUUAGAAGAAUCAUACCCACACUUUUAGUCUCAAAAGAGAUGGUCAAGAAGAGUUGCAUCAGUUUAAUGAAACAAAUAACAAGUGAGCAAUUAAAGCAAUAAAAUUAUUAAAGUAGAUUAUGGCGGGAGAUGCUAAAAAGGUCUUCAUGAACAUUGGGGCUGUCAUACCUUCCAUGGCAAGUGAGUUUCAUAGUCUACAUGUGACCACUUCCUCCCUUCUGCAUUCCGGCCAGAGCUCUAUGGUCCGGACACAGACAGCCUCAUACGCCCCUUUUAAGUGGCGUCUGCGUUUUAGAUGUCACUAAGGCAAUGUGGAUUGCAAGCUGAAAACAUGCUGGCCUUGAGUUGGGGGGGAGGGAUUGGCAGCAGAUAAAGGGAAUAAAUGCUUGGGAUGGCAGAAGCACAGCCUGUUCCACUUUCAUCAGCACCCAGCACAGCAACAUGGUGGAAGGAAGUAUUUGUGCAAGCAUUGACUGUCCCUUUUCUCUUUCAGCUAAGCGUUUACACGACCACGCGAUCAAACAUAGGCACUGAAAAUAAUAUUGAUCUGGUUUUGAAUGUGGAUAACUUUGACGUCGAGUCCAAGUUUGAAAGGUAUUAAUGGAUUUGUACAGUUUUCUUUUAAGACCCAUGUAUUUAGCGUAAGAGGUAAGCAUGUGCUGUAAUAUUUAUCAUUGAAAUGACGGUGUCUUCGAAGUUUUUGAACUGCGGCUGGAUCAGGGGUUCCCAGCUUGUGGUUGGUGCACCACUUGUGGUGUGCAAUUGAGGUUGUCUGUGGCACGUCUAUAAAAAUAGAUUCACACAGCAUAUGCACAGUGCAUUACAAUUGCUACAAGAGGCAGAGAAAUUAUCAAGCACUCUGCCAAGAUUCUCAGUAGAUUUCAAGUGGUCCAUGGAGGGAAAUAUUUGGGAACCACUGGGCUAGAUCAUGCCUCGUAUUUUUCAUGAUUUUUUUUUCAAGUCAUAGUUUUAUUUUACUCCCUUUCUUUAAAUCAUGUGUAUUCUGCCUUUUACUUGUUAUUUCAAAGUAGCUUACAAUUGUCUGACUUGUGCCCAUUUUUAGACUGCUAAUUGAAAAGAAGGAUGUGAGUCUAAUUUUCAUUAAUGGGAUUUACCUCCAGAUAAGUGUGCUUAGAUUGAAGUUCUAAGCCCAUCUAUUUUGAUUUUCUGGGCAGGAUUUGUUCAUGGUGUAGGUGUAAGUAUUCAGAAGUCUUUAGUAACAAAAUUCAUCAUAAGUGGUUGCCCCUCUUCCCUUCGUUUCCUUGAGUGUGUGCUGUGUGCAGAAAACUUGAGGAAGGAAGGGUCCUUUGCACUCAGGUAACAUACUUGCUACUUUCACCUCCUGCAAAACCUCAGUGGAAAGGGAAAAAAAUCCUUGCAUUGCUCAACGGAAGAUUGGAGGGGGGAACUAAGAAGUAGUUUCUUUCUUAUGAGUUGAGUUUCUGCCUUGCUGCUGCCUCCAACCAAACCCAGCAAAAGUGGGAGGAAACCACUUUUACUUUCUCCCCUUCCACUACAAACUUCCAUGGAAAAAAGUAGGGACAGUUUCUUUCCCUUCCCAAUUAGCUUUUUUAGGAGAAAGUGCUGUGACCUCUCCCUUCAAAAGCACAACAUAGAGGUGAGCUUCCUUAUCACUGUUCCGACAUACAGACGGAAGAGGUGUUUUCUGUCCCAUGAUUGGGUUCUGGUUGGUGUGCAGACCAGCAAGCGAACAGAAUCCUGUUUGGGGAAAUUUUGUUUUCUAUAUAAAUGGCCUUUAGGAAGAUUUGGUGCUAUCAUCAAAUGUGGCAGUUAAAAUUCCUGGAGAUCUGAAAUGCUUCAUUAGAACAAAAUAAAAGAAUGUGGAAUCAGUCAGACUCCAAACAGAAAUAUGAAUCUUUGUUACUUCACCAUUCAACUAAAAGACAUUUAAAAGUUAAUCUAAAAAUUUUAAAUGUAUCAGAGUAUCUCACUUUAAGUGUCUGAAACGCUAGUAGUCCUGGUUGAGGCAGAACUGCUAACGAUUGCAUCUCAUGGUGAAGAAAAAGCAUAAACGUUACUUGUAUAAUGUCUUUAUUUCGUUUUCAGAACAGUUAACGUUUCAGUACCAAAGAAAACACGAAAUAAUGGGACGUUAUAUGCCUACAUAUUUCUCCAUCAUGCUGGAAUUUUGCCUUGGCAUGAUGGCAAGCAGGUGCAUAUAGUAAGCCCUCUGACUACUUAUAUGGUCCCUAAACCAGAAGAAAUUAAUCUUCUUACAGGAGAAUCUAUCACGCAGGUGAGAGGCUUUCUUUUUUGUUAUUGGAGAUUGCCAAGUAAAAAUAGUGCUGGUACCUUGUGCACAUGAAAACUUUGCUGAACUAAGCACAUUCAGAAUUAUUUUCUACCUGCAAGUGGGCAUGCUUAGAUAAUGCACGUCCUCAAUUCAUUUCUCUGAAAGCAGUGCUGUGGCAGUUACUGGCCAUAGAAGGAAACCUUUGCCCUUCAGUAGAAUUUGCAGGUGAGUUUUAGUGUACAUAAUGCACAUUUUAUGUAAAUAACUGCCAAAUGGGCCAUAAUGUUUGGCUACCUAGGCUCACCCAUAAAGAGCAAGAGUAAGAGCCUUGCUACAGUCGCAGCUGUUUUCCAUGGGGGAAGCCUAUCUGUUUGGAGGCUGCCAUAAUGGCCUGUCAACCCCAGUGGAGCCCCCUGAGAACUCUUUGGGUUGCUCUUUCAGAGUGUGAUGAGAGUGAGGACACUUGCCCUGGGCAAUGGUUUGUGGGCUUGCUCCUAGGUAAAAUAUUGGGGCAACCGGGGAGGGUGAUGUGAGUUAAUCUGACUUCUGAAUAAGAGGUGGACUGCUUGGAUGCUGAGUCUGUAGUUACAUCCUGUGUGAUUGGUGGGUGUUUGGUGAUUUUGCUUUUUGCUAUUGUAUAUAUUUAUAGAUUAGAUUUACAUUUCUGAGCCACCAUUUUGAACUCUGUGCCGGCUUGCAAAGCAAUUAGAUCCCUAGUUACUCUGCUCACUGUUUUUGAAGCUAUUGUUGUUGUUGUCAUUAUUAUUAUUGAUCAAAUUGUUAUACUGCCCUUCAUCCAAAUAUCAGAGGGUGGUUAACAGUAUAAAAAUUCAAAAUGAGUACACAAAAUACAUAAUAAAAUAAAAACAAACCAAUAGCCCCCCUCCCACAAACACAUUUAAAAGGCCAUAGUAUAUGUCAUGUAUUCUACUCAUGUAUUGAUCCAGAGUAGAAUUCUAAUGUACAGUUAGCAGAGUAAAAACCUAAACACGUUGCAGGAUUCCCCCCCCAAAUAGACCAGAGGCAAUUGUAUUUCAUUCAGCAGAGCUUUACUUCUACUGAAUGCAAAUGAGCAUAAUGGUCACAAAUCCAAUAUAUUCAGGAUUGGCACUGUCCAUAAGAAAUCCAGUUGCAGCAGACUUAGCUUAAAUUUACAAUAACUUAACAAUAAGACUAAACCUUAGCACUAUAUACAGAACACCACACUAGAAGGAAAGAGAGACAGAACGAGAGUGAGACCCAGGCUUCUUCUGGCCUUAUUUUUAUAGUUAGCAUGAGCUUGACAGAAAGAGAUAACAGAAUCCAUUUAAGCCAGCUGUACUCGGCUUCUCUGAAGGUAUAACCCAAACAUCAUGAACCUUCUGCUUGUUUCUUUCACACAGAGAAGCUUCCAGAACCCUCUUGAAUUAUUUAGAAUAGGAAAGAUCUCUACACAUCAGGUCAAUACUUUCUGCACUAAGAAAUGCCAACCAACAGAAUAGGCAAAGGGGAACAUUUUCACCUGGCACCUAAAGUUAUGUAAUGAAGGCACCAUGAGAUUUGUUUGGUGAGAGGAAUGGAAGCUUUACUUAACUGUUAGGAUUAGAUUGUAAUGUCUGCUCCAUAAAGAUGGAAAAGCAGAAGAUUAGCGUUUGAAAGCAAUCAUGACCAUACUGUCACCUUUUUUGUAAUAUUUCUGCCCAAAAGCCUGGAUUUCUGAAAUAACUUUUGUAUCUCUUUUUAUUGAGCAGCAAAUUGAAGCAGAAAAAAAGCAGAAUUAUGCUCUAGAUGAGCCUGUCUCACACUGGAGGUCCAGGCUGACCUUAAAUGUUAUGGUGGAAGACUUUGUCUUUGAUGGAUCCUCUCUCCCUGCUGAUGUGCACAGAUACAUGAAAAUGUAAGUAUUUUUUAAAUUGCUAAUCCAAAAUUCUACCAAAAUAUACAGGAAAUGUUCGAAACUCCCAUUGUUCUAGGCACAAUUUGCGACAGGGAAUUUCAUUAGUGUGAGCAGUUUCUGAACUCUGGGCACGGUACUAAGGCUAAGAUUUCAGUUUUAAACUGGAGGAUGGAAGGAAAGGAGGACCUUUUUCUGCCUCCCCACUUCCAGCUACUCUCUGAAUACUGGAGAAGAGACCCUCUUAAGAAUAUUAGGGGGUGGGCAGGGGAAGGACUAGACCAUGUGAAAAAAGAACAUAAUAUUUUAGCUGCAGUUCAUUCGUUUUCAGCUUUGUAUUCUUCUUAUAAAAAAGUGCACCUAGACACUCCGUUGUUGCACCCAUAACCUAGGUUUAAGGUGCCAUUUAGCUCCUAGCUUUCAUAUCUUAGUUUCUAACACUGUUUACAUCAGGGGUCAGCAAACUUUUCGGCAGGGGGCCGGUCCACUGUCCCUCAGACCUUGGGGGGGGGGGCUAGACUAUAUUUGGGGGGGGGGAAUGAACAAAUUCCUAUGCCCCACAAAUAACCCAGAGAUGCAUUUUAAAUAAAAGGACUCAUUCUACUCAUGUAGAAACACGCUGAUUCCUGGACCGUCCGCGGACCAGAUUUAGAAGGCAAUUGGGCCAGAUCUGGCCCCCAGGCCUUAGCUUGCCUACCCAUGGUUUACAUGUUUACUUUCAAUAUACUCUCUACUGCAACUGUAGUGCCAGUGGCCUGAUUUUAAGAGCAAAUCUAGCAAAUGGCUUAGACUUUGAGCACCUACUUUAAUGGGUUGGGGGCUUUUCUAAAGCAAGUCGUGAUAAAGUAGUGACUGUCUGGUGUUUGGGGCUUAGAGCAGGAAGAUGUAUGUUCAACUCUCCAUUCAGCCAUGAAGUUUGCUGUGUAGCCUUGGCCACGUCACCCAUUUGCUUCAGCUUUCUCAAAUGUUGGGGAUAAAAAUGCAGAUACUCAUUCUAUGCUUUGCUGUCAUAAAGUAGAUUUUUACAGGCAUGUGUUAAAAUCAACCCUGGUAUGUCACCCCCAAGUAGUUUUGAGUCAGAUUCCAUUGCCUCAAGAUAUCGCUCAUCUUAUAAUUCCCCCCCCCCCCAUGGUUAGCAAUCCAGUUGAUACGUCACACUUGGGUCAUAAAAUGAGGGGUCAGUGACUUUUGUCUAGCUUGGCACUGUUUUGUGUAAGGCUCAGUUGAGUAGAGGAGCCAUGCAAAUUCCACAGACAGUUAUCCAGACUAAAAAUUGGAAUGUUAAAUGAACUUGGGUUUCAUUUCUCUCUGAGAAAACUUGAAUAAAUGAGUGUUUGCUUGGUGUAAAGAUAGGUUCUAGGCAGAAAUAUUUUAGCUGAUACUGGAAUAUGUGCUUUGCACUUUAAGAUGCAUAUAGUAAUGUUUGUUUGUUUAUUGCAUUGAAAUAGAAUUAUUUGUAUUCAUAACAAAAUCUGUUUUAAAACUUAGGGUUCAGUUGGGCAAGACUGUGCAUUAUCUUCCAAUAUUGUUUAUUGAUCAGCUGAGCAACAGAGUGAAAGAUUUAAUGGUGAGCUACAGCAUGCCAUCUUACAUUUUUUAUCAUUGUUUGUUUGUCUCAAUGAACAUUUGUUGUUUCUGCUACAGCAGUCUAAGUUGAAGAAAGGGGUGCGCCAUCCCAUUCUAGCUGUGCAGUUCCAACACGUAGCAUGGGAACUUCAUAGGACGAUACAGAAUGUUUCGCUUUUUCCUUCUCUCCUCUUUGCAUUGUGCUCUGUACAUGUAGCCCUUGCUGUGCCUGCUGAUGUCUAAGGCACACAGACUUGUUGCCCUUUGACUCUGAAGUGGAUGGCAUAUGCACCCUGGGGAAGCGUAGGGUAGUUCCUGUCAGGAGCUCGUCCUAUACUCGAGUAGGACCCUGGCAGAGACACAUGCCCGACUGGCAUGUUCUCUCCCUCCUGGUCGAUCGUUCGGGAGCUUCAAAAGCUUUCUUCAGCCCGAACAUCACAGCGACCGAUGCCAGCUGACAUCGGCACACUUAGGGAUGCGCAGUUUGCGUAACAGACCUCAGCAACUCAGCAUUUUGGCUAAUCUACUUUAUUUACAUAUAAAUACACACGGAGUACUGCAACAUGGCUCCCUCUCUCUCUAGCAUCAGACAGCAAAGAGAGAGGACAAAGGACAAUAGUCCCACUUCACGGAACACAGUAACACAAACAUCCUGUCUCCGUCACUUCCCACUCUGUGAAGUCAAAACACACACCGUCAUGUGACAGACAACAAUCCCAUGACUGCAGUCACAGAACAGGAAUUCUAACAGCUCCAUGUCACUAAGGGAGGAGAGUGUGGGCCUCUUAUUCUAGGCAAGGAACUUGCAGUGUGCUUGGUAAUACAUCCACCUGGCUCGGCUUCCAGGGGAAGAGCAUUAAAGGGCUACAUUGCACCUUAUGGAAGUCCCAUCUGUCUCUAAACCCAUUGUGGUAUGUGGCAUAACCCGGAAGAGUGGAAUGUAGAGACUGUUGAGAAUCACCCUACAUCUGUAAUGUUAUGUUGGUACUUCAGUAUUUUUUUUAGAAAGAUGUUGCUUUUUUAUUGUAAGUAACCCGCUGUAUGAUGUUGCCCUUUUAGAAGGCGUAAUCUUAAACUAGUUUAUAGUUGUCGGUGUUCAUCUUGUGAUUCUUAAUUUAUUUGUUUUCAAACUCGAUGCAGAUUAUAAACCGUUCAACAACAGAGCUACCCCUUACAGUGUCAUAUGAUAAAAUUUCCCUGGGGAAACUGAGGUUUUGGAUCCACAUGCAAGAUGCUGUGUACUCCCUGCAGCAGUUUGGUAAGGUUCAGUUUCCACCGGGUUUAUGGAGUGGGUUGAAUAUUUCUGUGAGAAUAGUAUUGAUGAUCACAAAUCCAGCUUACUACUGCUGUGUGAUCUUCGUACCAUUCAAGAUUAAAGACACCAUUUUGAAGUCUAGAGCAGAGGCGGAGAACUUGUGGAUCUAGAGGUGUUGACGGGACUCCAGUUCCCCUCAUCCCUGACUAUUGGCCAGGGGCUCGGAGUGAAGCAGCAUUUGCAGGUGUCUCCCCCCCCCCCACUUGUCUAGAACUAUCCAAAUUGUCCCGUCCCCCCCCCCGUCUCUUUUGUUCAUACAUGCACAAAGGGCUGAUGUAGUGGUGAAACUGUUCCUGGUGUGUACCACUUCAGACUGCAUGUGAGCAAACAAUUCUGAAAGUGGUAGAGGUGUUGAGAAUAACAGUUGAAGCCUCAAUUUGUUCCCCAUAUGCUUGUUUCGUUUGUAAAACAAUUUUCUUGAGAAGGUAUUCAGCCUUGCAACCUCCCCAGGUAUUGUGUGUGCAAUGCAUUAAUAUUGGCAAUGUUGUGAUUUGGAUCUCGUUUUAUGUAACCAAGUGUCCACAAUGGAUGAAGUUCAAAGGCAAUAUAGUUCUUCCGUGUGAGGUGGGUUGGACCCAUGUACGUGUGCCUCUGCAGUCAGCUUUUAACACACACUAGAAUUUUGGGCAAUGUUGAAUACAUUGUGUAGUGCAUUACAGAAUAUAAUGCCAAUAAAAACCUAUCAUUUGCUGAUGUUUCACUUUUAUAAAGUCUUGUUGAUAGCCCAAUAAUUUGCCUCAUACUGAGUCAGGCCACUGGCCCAUCCAGCGCAGCAUUUUUUACUCUCCAAGAUCUCAUGCAGAAUUCUUUCCCAGUCCUGCUACCUGUAUUCUUUCAACUAGAGGUUGCCAGAGAUUCAGCCAGGGGCAUCUGCACAUAAAUGAUAAGCCGAGUUGUAUGUCCUCCAUCAAUAGACGACACCUGUCUAAUUAUUCUUAUAUGUUGUGCUUCCAUUCUAUUUGCCCAAGGAUGUAAAGGAAGAGAAAGUGUGUGUUUGAUCUUCUCAUAUUUAAACUAUAUUUAGAAUGCUUGGGCCUUCUUCUUCAGCUUGCUUGUAAGCCCAUGUCCUGUCCACUUCAUUCUUCUAGGCUUUUCCGAAAAAGAUGCUGAUGAAGUAAAGGGGAUUUUUGUGGAUACCAACCUCUAUUUUCUUGCUUUGACGUUCUUUGUAGCUGCAUUCCAUGUAAGUGAAUUGUGGAUAUUUAAGCAAUGAUCUGACAGCGUAUCUAAUAAUUGUGGAAUUCUGUUGGCCUACUCCAAGCUCCUGUUUAGAACAGCGCUAGUUCUGUUUGAGGCUAUGUUCAAAUUAAGACAGGGAUAGAGAGAUGCUGGGUUGGUGGUUAGAAUGUUAGAUAUGAGAUUGAAAUACACACAGUCACAAUCAGGCAUAAUUUAUCUUCCUACCUUACUUACCUCACAGGGUAGUUGUGAAACCAAAACAAUGUCCUGAGUUUCUUAGGAAGGAAGGAAGAAUGAAAAUGUAGCUAAUAAUGAUUUGACAUGUUUCACAAGGCUGCAUAAGUUUAUUUGUCUUGGCCUCCAAGUCUCUGGAAAUUGAUUUGGAAUGCCAGUGUUAAUUAAGAGAGACGGUUAGAACCCUGACUGGAGGGAGAAGCUUGCAAAAUUAGCUAGUUUGCCUGAUUCAUCUGUAAAUAUAAUUACAGAUUAAUAAAAACUGUAAUGCAAAUUGAGGUUUUUUUCAUAUCACAGGCUUUUAGCAGCUGAUCUGCAUUGUGGUGUGUGCUGGGGUUUUGUAGCAUUAGAACUUCUGACUGAUUACUUGAGAGGAGAUAGACAUGAGGAAGGGUUUUCUAUUGGUUUGCCCACUCUUAAUUGUAAGGUGUUGCCAGUGCUGGUUUCCACUGACCUGAACAUUCGGGAACUGAAAUGUACGACAAUGGAGUCGUUCAGGAACCAAGGUUCCACUGUACCAACUCAGGCUGUUGGUCCUCCUAGCAAGUUGCAGGUCUGCUGUAUUGUUUCCUGCAAUAUGGAAGUGGUUAGACAUUGCCAGGCAGAAGCUGAAAACAGAGGUGGGCUCACAUGGUCAUCUAGACAAGGGAUGAGGAACUUGUGGCCCUCAAAAUGUCAUGGCCUGGUAGUUGUAGUGCCUGAAAGACUUUACCAAAUGUAGAAACGUAAUUAUGCUGCUUUCUUUUGGUCGGUUCUAAUCUAAUGGCAUCUUGGUAUUUGCAGCUUCUCUUUGAUUUCCUUGCAUUCAAAAAUGACAUCAGCUUCUGGAAGAAGAAAAAGAGCAUGAUUGGCAUGUCUACAAAAGCAGGUAUGGAAUGUGUGAGUUUUCUGUGCCAUCUUUUCAUGGUUACCAAAGCCGAAGGUGGAGCAAAUGUGGCGUCCCAGCAAGGCUUACCCAUACUGAUGUGGCCGGACCCUGUUACAUUUAUUCCGCUUGCCUAUCGGUGUUGAAACAAGUGCCAAGUGGCUAAAGCAAGGGAUGCUAUCAUUUUAAUCUCUGCACAGUUCCCUCGAUAUAGCAUCCCUCCAGAGUUCUAGUGCAUUGGGAAGGGGUUGUAAAGGAUUCUGUUGCUCUUCUCAGCACUGAUGGGAAAAGGAAGAAUCUUUUUUAAGGGACUGCCUGGCCCAGUUUAGGCAGCUCUGUUGAUUUAGGAUUUUUUCCCUUGUCGCUCAGCACUGAAAGGUGUACCAGUUGGCUAUAAACAUGCCUGUUUAAUCUGUCUUCAGUGUCUCUGAUGUGCACUCUCAGGGAGAUUGAAAUGGCAGUUCCCAUGCUGUUCACCUUCCUGUGCCACUCCUGCUGUUGACACCGAUUCCUCUGCUGCCCACUCUGCUUGGCAAGCUGUCUCUGGACAGAGCCACUGAUGAUACUUUGCCUAGGGCUCUGUAGACCUGGAGCCAGUUAUAUGUAGGAAUGCAACUAUUAAAACAGAUGAAUGCCACUUUUCAGUAAAGUUGGGUGUAUGGAUCUCUAAACUCGAGAAAUGCAUUAUUUUAAAACUCUCACAAGUGUCCUCAUGUGAAUUUCUUCCAUGCAGUGCUUUGGCGAUGCUUCAGUACCGUGAUAAUAUUUCUUUUCCUAUUGGAUGAACAAACAAGCUUGUUGGUGCUGAUUCCAGCCGGUAUCGGGGCAGUGAUUGAGGUGAGUUGCCACACAUGUUUCAUAUGAGCCCAGGCAGCCAUAUCCUCAAAGUAGCUUUAUGUGGAUUUAAACCGAUUUCAUCCAGUAUAUUUCAGUAGAUCAAAACCAGCUUCAUUCAAAAUGAAUUUGGCAUUUUAACCACUUUGUAGCCCGUUGACUCAUUUCUGACAACGGCUGUUAACAGUGUGAAAACUGAAAUCAGUUAAUAAAACAAUACGUGAAGAUACUGAAGUAAUGUUUUUACCUUCCAGCUUUGGAAAGUGAAGAAGGCAUUGAAAAUGACAAUUGAAUGGAAUGGCCUGGUGCCAGCAGUGAAGGUAAAUUACUUUUUAACUGUUUGUAUAGAAAUCGUCUUGCUUCAUUUGAACCGUUUUUUCUUCCAGAGCCACUCUGAUCAUAGUAUACUAUGCCACUAAGGUCCAAACAAUGUAUAAUGUAAAGGAUCUAGGAUUAGGUCUCCUAGCACUGUUAUUUUUCUUGAUGCCUGCAAUGGAGAAUUCCAGAUUGGAUCAGAACAGCAGCAUUUCUCCCAACUCCACCCCCACGCCCAUUUUUCUACUCUGAAUUCCAGCCCUCAAAGCUUCUGCUUGCCCACAGCAUGAGAUUCCUUAACCUUUUUCUGCUACUUGGGGUUAUUGCUUUGAAUUAGCAAUGGUGGCAUUGCUUUGAAUUAGCAAUGAUUGGGAUCACCCAAUCCUCCAGAACAGAUUUUGGGAGGUUGUGGGGCACUAAAUGGCAGCCUUGGAUUUCAUUCCUAAAUCUUUUCCAUCUGUUCUACGUAAAAUACGUAAAGUGGUUUGUGCACUUCUUUCUCCAUUGCAUUUUUUAAAAUUAGCCCUUCUUAUCAAAACGGUAGGGCAUAUGGUCAACCUGAUCGCUUCUGUUCCUAUACUUUAUACAGUUUGGUGUAUUUACUGAGUCUGAGAAGAAAACUGAGGAGUAUGAUACCCAGGUAAGAGAAAUCUGCAACAUAACAUUUAGUUUAAUACCCAGAGGGAUAGCAGCAAAAAGCAAAGUAUUGUCGCAUUUUAACAGUUAUUAUUUUUUUAUAGCAUAUGUUUUCAUGGGCUCAAGGCCACUUUCUCAGAUGCAUGAUGUAGUAGACCAUAACUGAGUAGAAAAUAGUUGUUGUGGAAUUUCUUAGUAAGAAAAGAACUGAUAUAGAGCCUUGCCAGGCUCUGUAUAAAAAUGGAGACAACAGGUCAAAGGUGGGCAGGAAUGAGAACUAGUGUUGUCAAACGAAUGGCAUUGUGCUCCAGAUUUUGAACUCCCUAGUGGUUUAAUACAUGCUGUUGAAUUGAAAGGUCUGUAAGGAAUCACGUACGGAUUGAUCUUUCUGCAAAUAUAGUUUGAAGCUGCAAUGUGGGUGUUCGUGUAAAGUCUAUGCUACAUUAGUGGGAAAAUGGUUUUGAGUUUUAGAAAUGACGUUCUGCCUCCUGGUCCAUUUUCAUGUGUGUGUCACAAAAUUCCAUCAUGUACUGAGGGCAGAGGCAAGAGUUGGAAUGGCUCCUGGACAUUUUGUCUGUUGAAGACGCUGCCCUUUCCUAGUAUGGACUUCCAAGUAUUAACUUUCAACGUAAUGAAAGCCAGUGUGGUUUAGUGGGUGGUUUGAAACCACAGAACCCUAUGUCCAAUCCUAGGUAACCUUCGAUCAGCCACCAUCUCUCAGCCUAACCUGUAUGAUACAGUUGUGAAAAUAAAAGUGGGGAAAUCCAUUUAUGCCACCUAGAACUCAAUGGACAAAAGGUAGUAAUAUAGGAGUAAAGUUCACCCAAAAAAAUGUUUUCUUUUUCAGGCUAUGAAAUACUUAUCAUAUUUACUAUACCCAUUGUGUAUUGGAGGUGCAAUUUAUUCAUUGCUUAAUAUCAAAUACAAAAGGUAAGGUGCUGUGAAUUAUUUCAGAAACCUGAAAUUACUGCUUAAAAUGUCUGUUGCAUAGCCUUGAGCCAAUGACUUAUAAUACUGCAAAGUCAAAGAAGGCAAAUGGUUUGGAAAUGUCAUCCUGGUGGCUAAAUGUCUGCCUUGUUUUAUGAGUUCUCUUUAGUUAAUGUAGCAAAGAAUAUAUGCUUGACCAGUUUGAGAUGAGAAGAUCCUCACGGUACUAUAGUGCUCUGGUUCAGAGCUUGCAUCAAAAUAAUGGUUUGGCCAUUAGGAACUUGCUACAAAACCACUUCACAAAGCGUAGCUUCUGAUUAUGACUUAAAGGCAAGCAGUAGUUGGUGGAGAGCUGCGGUCGCAUAAGUAAAAUAAGCAUGAGACGCGAGUUACAUGUACACCUGUGAUUUCUUAUGUUAAGCAGUCAUUCUCAAACUUGGGUCCCCAGCUGCUGUUCGACUACAACUCCCAUCAUCCCUAGGUAGCUCAUCAUCAGGGAUGAUGGGAGUUGUAGUCCUAAGUUUGAGAAACACUGUGUUAAAGCAUGGAGGAAACAGAAAGGCGGGGGAAGAGGGGUUGUAUUGUGCUGGUGUGGGUUUUGUUUUGUUUUUGAAAGGAAGGAAGGAAGGAAAUAAAACAGCAGAUAAUGUUGUUUUUACUAAUUUAAUGCAAACAAUUUUAUCACCCCCUUAUAGCUGGUAUUCAUGGUUAAUUAACAGCUUCGUCAAUGGUAAGUAUGGAUUUGUUUUUUGUGUUUUGUUGAAGUCUAGUUCUCUAAAAAUAUGAUUACAGAGUGAAGUUAUUCUUAAAAACGGUAGUAUUUGUGGAAAGUUGUGUCAUUAUAAUCGCCUGUGGUGAAACUCGCUGGGCUGGGUAGAAAUCACAGAACUGAAUGUUUUCUCAAGUUAAAAGAACAAAAGUAGCACCCUCCAAGUAGUAUAGUAGGGUGUCUGGCGGAAGGGUUAACUAGUGCUCUGACUGCAUGGUGUUCUUUACAUUGGGGAGCGCUCAGAUGUGAUAGGUUCAGUAGUUCUGAAGUUGUGCGAUACAGCAAGAGCUGGCUCUGGCAAGAGCUGGGGGUCAGCAUCAUUGAGCGGUGGCUGAGCCCCCAGUUCCCAGAAAUAUGCCCCAUGAAGGCAACUGUUACACAUGCAGUACAGUAGAUCCAGCUAUCCCUGGUUCCCCUAGAACAGAGAUGGAGAACUUUUGGCCCUCCUGAUGGUUCUGAACUACAACUCCCAUAAUAUCUGGCUUGCUGCGCCUGAUGGGAGUUGUAGUUCAGCAACAUCUGGAGAGCCAAAGGCUUACCCACACACCUACCCUAAAAUCAUUUUUAUUAAAAUGCCUUUGCUGGUUCCUUGAACUACUUGACUUAAUAGAAGCAGGAGCUUAUGACAGAAAGAAUAUAUAACUUUGGGUUUCAUACUGUAUCUUGCUUUAGGUAGUCCAUGCUGUUUCUCCAGUUCAUCCUGCAAACGUGUCCAAAGUGUCUGGACACAGGACAUCAGCUUUCCUUGUGUACCACAAAGGAACACAUGGGUGGCUUUGCACAUUACUCUGUAGCAGCUUGUUAUAAAUAGAAAAAGAGUGAGCAGAUCCGGGGCUAGCAGUGCCUCUUGAUUGUAGUUGACAGUUGGAGUAGAAAGCAGCAAGACAAAAUUUUUGUUGUCUGCUACAAGAAUAUGUAGCAAUUAUGUAACGCCUAAAAUCUUCCAACGCGCUGUACAAGAUUACAAAAUAAUAAUACUGUCCCUAACAGAUCUUAUAGAAAGGGGAGGGGUGAUGUGCAAGGAACAGGAAAACCAGCCAAUUAAGGUGUUAAUUCCUUAUCGGGUUACAUAAAUGUUUAACAGCCAGGCGGAUUAGCCACUGUGAGAGACAGUUCUGAGAGAGGAAGAACCAAGGAGUGGAUUAGGCUGACUUAACCUCUCCCUUUGCUGUGGCCAAGUGGAAUGGCUGCUAAUUACAGAUGGAGCACUUUUACUUGGGAGCAAGCCUUGCUGCAUUCAUUGGGACUUAUAUCCAAAUAAGCAUGCAUGCAGAAGCAGCCAAGAGUGUACCAUGUGCUUUGUUUGUAUCAUCUCAACUAUUUUUACAGUAAUGUUGCAACGUAGGCUAGUGCAGUUGUCCCAUUUCAGGGAGUGGUUCUCGAUGACAUGGCAGCUUUCCAACGUUUUGCAGGGGGUAGAUUUGAAUAGGACUUUCCUUCCUUCCAUUUCUUAGCUGUGACAUUACCCUAGCUUCAUUUCAAGCGUAGAAAUGGAUAGGUACCAGUAGUCUUGUUUUCAUUUGCGGGGUGACAGGGUCCUCCGUUAGACAAUGUGAGCUAAACCUUCCUGAUUUCCCAGACCAGUUAACUCAGUUUAGUGGUUGACAUUUUGAGAAGUUCCUUGAGAAUCACGAAAUUAUUUAACGUGGGCUUUGCCAUCUCUUAGCUGAGUUUAACCAGUUGUCAUUGUAUCCUGAUAAUGUAAAUGUGGUAGAAAUAAAAGGCUUUAAGGGCAUUAAGGCUUUGUUCUUUAAUGAUUAAACCUAGUUCAUGUUUUCUUCCCCAACAGGAGUAUAUGCUUUUGGAUUUCUGUUUAUGUUGCCACAACUAUUUGUAAAUUAUAAGGUAAAUCUGAAGGUUUUAAAGAAUACCUUAAUCUUUUUGUUUCGUCCGGCCUCCUUUACUACUGCUAGUAUAUAUGAAUGUAUGGUUUCGUUUCUUCCAGAUGAAAUCUGUUGCACAUCUGCCCUGGAAGGCAUUCACAUACAAAGUAAGUUAAGUUCAUUUGACAGUUCUAAGGUUUAUAGUUCUGACUUUCAGUUAAUAUCAUUUAGUUGAAAAUCAGCAGCAAUUGAUGGCCAAACAAUAUGCAUCAACAAUUAUAAUACGUAGCAAAACUCUUAAUGUGGUUGAGAGAAAUGAUGAGAACGCUUCUAUAGCCUUCACUCCCAAACACUGCAAACCUGGAAGUGAAUGUUCCGGUUUGCAAAUGUUCUUUGGAACCUGAAUGUCCGACGCGGCUUCCGAUUGGCUUCAGGAGUGUCUUGCAGCUAAUCAGAAGCCGUGCCUUGGUUUCUGAAUGUUUGGAAGUCGAACAGACUUCCGGAAUGGAUUCCAUUCGACUUUCAAGGUACCACUACAUUAUUAUUUGUCAGUGGUCCCUUGUGGGGUAUAAGAUGUGGUUGUUAAACUGCAUUUAGCUUGAUGGGUCACAAGUUAGGUAGGCCUGAAGUCUAGAUCCUGGUCUGCAUAUCAAAAAAAAGCAUUAAAACUGUUCCAGCUGCUACUGAGGGUUAUAGUUCUUGUCUCUGUCUAACCAGUUUCUCCCCACAAUUUUUUAAGGGCCCUUUUUAUUACCGGUUCCCAGUCAUAAAGCACUGUGUAGAUUGAGCUCCUGCUUGCCUCUGCAGAUGAGUUCAGGACUCUGACUACCUCCCCACCCCCACCACAAAAAAUACAUGCUAGUUUUUAGUUCCUGUGCAGUGAGUUGCUCUUUUAAGGCUCACUAGGAGACUAGACGAGGUGGGCUACACCCUCAAUUUCUGAGAUACCUUUUUAGCUUCAGAAACUCUGUUUAAAUGUUGUAUUAUGAAGAAUGGAUGAUUUGGUUGAAAACUUGGUUUGCUGGGAACAACACUUGAUUGAUGUUCUGCUACGUACGCUGCGUUCACCUUGUGCAUUAUUUUCUCCAGGCAUUCAACACUUUCAUAGAUGAUAUUUUUGCAUUUAUCAUCACAAUGCCAACAUCUCAUCGGCUGGCAUGUUUUAGAGAUGACGUGGUGUUCCUGGUCUACCUUUACCAAAGAUGGUAUGAGUUCCUCUUAUAACUUUAGUUUUUUUUGUUUUUGUUAAUGUUUUGCCAUUCAUUCUUUUGUCAAAAAAGGCAGAUCUUACUAGUUCUGUAUAUCAAGCUGUGUUGAGUAAAAUGGCCCUCAAAUUCUGGUUAAAAGGGAAUCCUUGUUUAAUGUUGGCGCUAAUUGUAAUACUGAAGAACAGAUAAGGAGCUGGGAGGAAUUUAGAAUCCUGAAGGAUAUACUCUCCAUCUCUUAACUAUGUUUACAUGUGGUAAAAAUGCUAUAGUAAUGGCGCUACUUAUGCCUCCUGCUCACCCCAGCCAUUAAGUGUCAAACCUGCCCCUGUUCACAUAAACCUAUGAUGUCUUCUGUUUCUUGGUCACACUACAGUAGAGGUUCCCUAAACCGGUCUGGGACCACCGGUGGUCCUCAAGCUUCAUUCAGGUGGUCCAUAGCUUCUCUGUGGAUUUGUGAUUGAAGAUGGGAAACUGCACAUCCAUCACAUGAAAUAUUCAUAUGGAUUUUAAUAGUAUUCUAAGGGCUAUUUUUAUUUGUUACGUUGUAUUUUAUUGUCUCACCAUUUGAAUUCUAUGGAGCACAAUGAAAUGCGAUACAUAAUAAAUAAAAAGAGUAAUAAAAGUGCAACUGAAGAUUAUACAGCACCUAGCUCCAGCACAUUACAAUAGCUACAACAGGCAGAGGAAUCUUAAAAGUGGUCCAUGCACGACUCUCAGUGAUUUUCAAGCCAUCUGUGGGUUCAAGAGUUUGGGAACCACUGUGUUAUCUGUUGCAAACUGGAAGCUUUCACCAAAAAUCAAUUAUGUGCUGUAAAAAAUAAAAUAGAAGGAAAUCCCUGUCUGCAAGUGUACAGUCUAAUAGAGAUGGGCAACAGAGGGUAUGGAAAGCAGGGCGAGGGCAAGAUCCACUCAGCAAUUGGCAACCCAUAUAUAAAAGUAGUAUCAGGAUUUCACAAGUAUCAUUCAGUAUAUGUUGACAGACCUUGUUGCUGAAAAGAAUAAUAAUAAUUAGCAUUAUGAUGGCAUUUGUAGGGAAGGAUAUUCUGUCGUUGAUGCUUGAAAAACUGUACCAAUUAAAGGUGGCAAAAUUAUGACCCUGUGGAGACUUUUCUUAAAGGAAGUAUUAACUGUUUCUUUUUAUCUCCAAGGCUUUAUCCUGUGGAUAAGAGCAGAGUGAAUGAAUAUGGAGAAUCUUACGAAGAGAAGCCGAAAAGAAAGCCCCACAAAGAAUAACUUAGGAUAACUCUAGGAGUCUCUUUGGACUGAUACUGGCUGCAUAUGUUGUCUGGCUUUUAAGAAGCAGCAAAGCAAAAGAGUAUUCUUCAAAGCUUGUGACAGAACUUCAUGGACAAAAUAUCAUCUGCAUUGCCAAAAUAUGUUUUGAUUGCCUUUGGAUCUAUCUUUGCUGUUGUUGUUUUUUUGUGUUCAAGAAGUCUGCCAAUAUUUCUGCCAGGUUUCACUCAAAUGAUUAACAUUUUGAAUUUCUGUGGAAGUUUCUGCAUAAAUAUUUGUGUCUGUCCUGCUUUAAUGUCUUCGACCCUCCAGUAUCCAGCAGUGUGGUUGUAUGCAUUUAAAGGCCUGUGAGAAAUAGAAGUAUACUGUGAAUAAUUACAAAAGGGUAAUGAAAGUGGGGAGGAGGCCAGCACGUGACCUUCAAACCAUCCAAUAAAAUGCUUUUGUACUCGAUUGGGCCAUUCCCUGGGCAUGAUCCAGUCAAAUCCAAGACCCUGAUUUCAGUGCAAGAGAUUUCAGUGCAUUUUUAUCUCACGCGUUGAAAUCAUGUGGACUUAAAAAAAAGUUUGCUUGACUGGAUUGCACUCCUUGUUUUGUAUCACCUCCUCCACCAUGAACAUCUCAUCUUUUAGAUUGAGAUGACAGCUAUGCUUCUCACAGUGGAACAUGUUAUCAUAGCAGAAUUGGGCAUUGUUGCUGAAAUAUUGUCAAUAUACAAAGGCAUGCACUUUAACAUGUAUGUACCAAACAGUUCUAAGCCAGCACUGGACACAGAAAGCUUGUAACUUUUUAAAAUGCAUUUUUUAAAACAACAAAGGCUUAUUGGCAUAAGUCCAACUGAGCACAUGCAACAAAUAGUAUUCAGUUGUUUUGGGUUUUUUUGUACAGUGGGCAAAAUGUUGUCCUUCAACCCUAGAGUUAGUAUUUCUUCAUUCCUUCCAAACUGGAUCUUCGUUCCUAGGGUGAGAGCCAUUACGUUGUAGUCAAAAACCUCUUUUUAAAAAAACAAAAUGUAAAUACAUACUUGCAUGACACACUAUUGUGCCAAUUAUAUUUCGGCAGGGAAACUAGGCCUUUUUCUUCUAUAUUGACAUAGAUAGCAUAAAGAUGGGAAGAAGUUGCUUAAAGCACCUAAUAGAAAACAGAGACAUCAGAAGGGAAGUGUAAAGAGAUUCUGUUGCAAAUCUUGCUGGAAAAGGAAAUGAACUUUCCAGUUGCCAUUGCUUGGGGGGGGGAGGGUGUUGCAGGGUUUUAAUCUUUUGCAUUUUAUUUUUUUUUUAAUUUGGAUGUGUUGAUCUAAUCAAAUAGUUGUCACUAAGUCACUUUAUUUUGAGCACGUUCAAAAUGCAAGUGAAGAUUUCUUAUAAAGGAUCUUCACUUGUAUCACAGCAUGACAUUUAGUAGAGCUACAAUCCCACCUGUCCUUUUUGAGCUUUAAUCUCCAAUGAAUUCCACGGAAUUUGGACUCUAGGAUUUUUAUUUGUAUUUUUAUUGAGACGCUGUGUGCACUGUGUUGGCCUAAUCCCCCCACCCCAUCCAAUGGAUUGGCGCAUAGGGCCUGCCCCCCGCUGUGCUUGCUUAAGCCCAUUGACUUGAAUGAGACUUGAGUAUGCUUAAUGGUGACCUUCAUUACUAAGAGGUAUUGCCUUCAAUAUGGUUGAAUAUGCAUGUUCGUUCCGCACUCCAGCAUCAAAAGAUGCACUGGUACUUUAUUCUCUCAGACGACAUUAGGUUGCUUACUUUCGGGUGUCAGGAUACUUUAAAAAUCUGUUUUGGUUCCUCAGGACUCUUUUUCCCCCCUGCUAUAUUUUUAUAUUUUUAACUGGGAGGUGGGGAUGUUGGCAGUCAAUUAGUUCUCUGUCUUAUUUUUUCAUUGGAGGCAUUCUCUCCCAUUGAAAUGAAUGGGCCUUAAAAGAGGUGCACUGUGGUUGGAUGGUGCCCUUUUGUCUUCAGCUUUCAGUUUAUCUGAAUGCUGAAAGUUUCUGAAGUCGUUCCCAAAACCCUGAAGUUCUGCAUUUGGGUAGCUUUGUAUUUCAGCAUUCCUUCCUUCCUUGCUGUGGUUUCCCUGGCAAGUAGUAAUAUUUUGAAGUGCUAACAAGUGCCUUUGUAAUCUCUUUUUUUAUUGUUUUUUUCAGAAUUACGGUAAACUUAAUAAAAUUGUUGUACUACUAAGUUGAAUGUAAACUUAAAAUAUGGGCACAAAGCAGUCAGAGUUCAUUCCCAUGGAUUUCGCUGGGAAAGAUUUAAACACUUACUAAAAAAUCAAAGGCCCCAAGAGUACUUGAUGGGAGAAGUAGACCAUAAAUCUAAAUUUCCAAUAAAUUCAAACUGGUAGAAGCUUCUUAUUGUUUUCAAAUUAUAAAGAAUAACCUCUUGGCAGAAAUAUUAAUAGCACAUGUUUGUUUUUCUGUUUGGUGUCUAAAAGUACAGAAUAUCAGUGAUUAGCUGAAUAAUUUGCAGUGCAAACAUUGUUUGGUUUAAAUGAACAUGUUUUAUUUUUAAAUUUGAAUGAGGAGUGUAUUUGGGAACAUCAAAGUGUCCUGUCAAUUCAGAGAGACCUGGUUAGCCUCCCAUCCAGUCAAUGAUAUUUGUUUCCUUCAUUCCAUGUAAAUAAAUGUUUAUGGGUAUGCUUUUGUUGUCUCUACUUGACAUUCUCAUUACGUUGUUGAACAGUACUCUUCACAUUCUGUUUCAUUUUAAAAAUGCAUAUGUUCAUACUUGUGAACAAUCCCUCCUCCCGGGGAAACUUGGGGAAUUGUAGUUCUGUGAGGGAAAUAAAGGUUUGCUAACAACUCUUAGCACCCUU